AUGGAAGGAAGCCAGUCUAGCCUACUGGAAGGUAAAAGGCCUCAUAGAAGAGAAUCAAUGUCCCCCAGCCAACAACCAGGACCAGCUGCCAGACACCAGUACAGGUAUCAGGGACCCUCCAGGCCAGUCAGCUCUCCAGCUGAAUGUGGCAAAAUAAGUGAGACCAGUUGCAAAAUAACUUCUGCAGCUGCAAGUACCGCAGCUGUGUACAAGAAAAGGAAGAGGGAAUUAGGAAGAGAAAACUCUGAAUGCCAGUUUUAUGUCUGGGCAAUUCUAGCCUUCUUGGGUUUAGCUCUGACUAUAUCGCUUAUCUUCAACAUUUCCCACUAUGUGGAAAAGCAGCGACAAGAUAAAAUAUACAAGUAUUCCGAUGACUACUUUCCCAGGGAAAAUGAGUAUGACCUUGAAGACACACCAAUUUAUGGUAACUUAGAUAAUGCGGUCCCAGAACCAGUGGAUGAAAACUACUAUGAACAAAUGAAAGCCGGGCCAGAGAGAUCUGUGAACAAACUGCAAGAAGAUGCCCCACCUUCACAGGAAACUGAAGCAAAGAUGUUCUAUGCCUCACUAGACCACAGCUGUGAGGGGAAGCGCAGAAAGCCCAAGAAACAGAAAACUUAUUUGUCAGACAAGGAUGAAGAUGGGAAGGUACAUGCAAUGGAUAUCAACCUUUCUAAGACCACUUUGGCGGACAGUUUCCCACCAGAAAGCCUGGCAAUAGAGGAAAACAUUCAUGAUGAUCCCAUCAGGCUGUUUGGAUUGAUCCGUGCACAGAAACUGUAA